CAAAGACAACAGCUUCAAACAGUGGGAUCCCUGCAAUGGACAUUAGUGUAUCAUUUGAUGGCACAUACGUCAUUCUACGCAUCAGCUGUUCUCUGGAGCUGCAGAAUACAAUUUCCACCAUAAUUAACUACAUAUCCCAAGGGUGUGAAUGCCAUAAUCCUUGGUGUAGCUGUACUUGCCCUUGCUUCUGUACCUGCCUGCCAUUCUGGUUUCAAGUAAACGAGUUUUUUUAAGAUGUCAUUUGUAGUUGUGGAGUUUCUGGAUGAAAAGGCAGUUGAAGUUGUUCCCAAGUCAUGGAUAAUGCAUAAAGAAAAAGGUCUGUUUUGUUACUGGCCUCCAAGGGCAGGUGCUGCAGCCAAGGUGAAAAAGGAAGAAAUCCCAGAUAAAGAAAAAUGGAAUUCAUUCGAGAUAAGGAUUUUUUCAUCUGCAGAAACCUACAGCAAGGCCCAGGAACUGUCCAGGAGAGCAGAGGUUACGUCAAAUGUUGAAACAGAACCUGAAGGUCCAAAAAGCAGAGCUACCAAAAAGCCUGCUAGAUAUGACUUCUCAGAUGAAGCUGAUGAUGAAGGCGAUAAUCCUGAGUUCUCCCACACUCCAUCUGUAGCUGUUCUGCCACAAUCUCCUCACCUAAAUGAAUGGUCUGAUGCAUCCUUCAAAACCAGAUCCUCAUCACGGUCCUCAGAAAUAAUACAUGUUAACGCACAAGAUUUGAAAAAAAAAUACACAUCAGCUUCAUCAGACCGAGGUGCAACAGAACUUGUACCUGUUUCACAGACAGAGUUUGCAGAGUUCAAGAGCGCUGUAAUGGCAAACUUCAAGACAAUCCAGGAAAACCAGCGGCUGAUGUUAAGCUGCCUACAGUCUUCUUCCAGUGGGCUAGGGGAUGAUGUGGAGGAUGUACUGCCAGCUCCAGUAAGCAGCUUGGAGGAACUGGAUGACCUAAACUCUAAAUUGGCUGAUCAAUCUUUCAAAAGGAAUUUGACACUGUAUUUGUCAUCUUUUGGAGGGCACAGCCUUGGCGAUGCUGUCCGGAGGAUUUUUAAAAAGCUUGGAACGAAUUCCGUGUGGUCGUUUUACAGCCUCAAAGGAAAGAAAGGGAAGCUACCAUUUAGUGAUCUUCCCAUCUGCAAAGUUAUCAUCAGAGCAUGCAUGAGAACCUACAAAGAAGCAAAAACCUCUGCAGUGGAGCAUCAAAUUAGUGAGGCCCUGAAGCAUGCUCCUAAGAGGAAAGGUGGCCCAAAAUACAAGGUGAGUUCUGAUCCUCAUUUCUCCAGUUUUGCUAUUCCCUCUCAACUUAGUAAGAAGUCUUUAUUUUUAAAAUUACUGCCUCUCCCUGAUGCCCCCCUUCACUUCGUCCUGCCAGCGCAGCAGGGUCUCCCUCACCGGUGCCUGCCCUGCAACUCCAUGUCCAUCAUUCUCCUUCCCAUGUAG